CUAUGCUGCAUAAAACGUGCUUCUCUCUGCGCCCGAAGUUAAACUUGAAAGCGCACCGUUUCAAGUUUCAAGCUCAGCUUAAACCCUAGUAUCAGUAAUUUCUCAACCUUGACUACUUCUAGAUACAACAUGCAUAUGCCUGGGGCAGUAGGAAGUUGUUGAGAGUACAGGAUGAGUACAAAGGUUGACCAUACAUCUGCCGUUGAACCUCACAGUGUCAACAUGUCUGCAACAACUACCUCAUCCACAGCAUCAACUACUGGCCCAAAGGUCUCAAUGUUUGCUGCAAAGACUGGCUUUGUUAUACCAAAAAAUAAAUUGUCGGGUUCAUUGGUUCCUAUCUUCCGAGGAGGUAAAAAACCAGGAGUAAAUGACACUGCCACUGAAGAUAAUUUGAACCAGGUUCAGAGGAAAACAAAAUGGGGCCCUGACCUGACACAGGAUGCUGCUGUCAUAAAGGGGAGAGCCUUAGCUUAUCAGACUCGGGUGGAUCAGAUCGUGCAGCAGCUGAAAUCAGGAAAUCUGGAUGUUGGGGAUCAUGAAGACUCACCAUUAGAUGCUCAGAAUUUGGUUAAAAAAUCUUCUGAUAUUCAACUUGAUAGUGAGAAGUUAGAACUUUUGGAGAUUGAAAGACGGGAAGCGAUCGGUGAAAUACUAAAGUUAAAUCCAAGUUACAAAGCACCGGCGGAUUAUAAACCUUUAUUGAAAGAGGCAGUAGUUCCUAUCCCUGUGAAAGAAUAUCCUGGAUACAAUUUUGCUGGUCUAAUAUUUGGUCCUGGAAGUGAUACUAAGAAGCGGCUGGAAAAGGAAACUGGAGCUAAAGUACAAGUGCACGGCAUUAAAGCAAAUACUAGACAGAAGGUUGAAAUUUCUUCACCUGAUGGUAAUGAAGCCCAGGAUGCUUAUGAAGAGUUGUAUGUUCAUCUAUCAGCUGAUACCUUUGAGAAAGUUGAUGGAGCAGUUGCAUUGAUUGAGUUGCUAGUUAGUUCAAUAUCAGAAACUUUGGGAACUAGUUUGGUGCCUACUUCAGUAUCGGGGAAUAAUGUGAAUGUUCUUAAUCAAGCCCUGGACAUAGCUGUUUCUUGUGCAACUGAUAGUGCUUUAAAUCAGGAAGUGCCGCAACUUACACAAGCUUCUCUGCAAGGUCAGUUUCAAUACCACAAUUCAUGGUUCCCAGCCAGUCCUACACCACUGAAUUUUACAGCACCAAUUUUCAACAGUCCUGUAUCUGCACAGUCCUCACCUUCAAGCCUGCCUUCACUCUUUGGGCCUCGACCAGCUUCUGCAGCUGGAUACAACUCAAUUCUUCAAAACUCAUCCUUUAUUUCAUCCAGCCCACAGCUGCCAAGACAAGUAUUAUCACAGCCAUAUACGCCUCAGAUGCAUCCUUUGGUUCAUCCUGGCCCUCCUAGAAAUCUUCUUCUCUCGAAUCCAAAUCCUGCAUCAGCUCAACCUAGCGUUUUAUCUUCACUACCAUUUUCUGGAAGCCAACCCCAAGCUCUAGGGCUACUCCCUAGCACAAGGCCAUCAAUGCCUUUGUUUCCCCAAACUGCAUCUACUGUUUCAUCAAGACCACUACAAGACCAGCUGGAGGUACCUGCAAGAAGCUCCACAGGCUGGUCAGGCCCUUCUGCUUCCCUAGGUUUGAACAAUGUUGGGCAACUGGCUCCACCAGUAGUUCUUUCCCAGUUGCCUCAUCCUGUUGUUCCACAACCAGUUGUGGCAUCCAGUUCCGCUGCCCCUCAAAACAUGUCAGUAACUUUUGCAACAGGGCAAUCUGGUCCUCAAUUAACCAGUGUACCUAUUAACCAUCCUUCCAUGUCUUUUGCUCCUGGUCCUCCACUAGGGUCUUCCCCUGCAAUAUCUGCCCCUUUACGUCCAACAGCAGCACCUCUACCUAUGCCUGUACCAACACAAAUGCGAUCCUCUUCGCCUGUCAUUUCCAUGGCACCAUCACCAAGUCCAUCCAUAAAUCCAGUGAUGGCAUCUAGACCAAUUCUCUCACCAGUUCCAUCCACAUCAUUAUCACCAUCCCUACCAGGAGGAAUUUCAGGAAAUAUGGCAAAUUUUACUUCCAUAAAUCAACCUGCAAAUAUAGCUCCAAGGCCACUACAUGCAAGUUCUGGUGAUUUCACUUUUCAAUCUCAACAAGCACAGGUUCCACCCUCGCCAAUGGUCCCAAGGCCAGGCAGUCGGGCAGCAAAUCCACAUGCUCUACCCCCUAGAUCAGCGGUUCAACAGCAAGCACCUACAGCACCAUCUUUCCAGUUUGGUGUGCCCAAUUCUACUCCCCAUCCUGUGAUGCAAGUGUUUCCCAGACCACAGAGUGGCAACCAGAUGGGUUUGACACAAACUGGCAUAUCUUCUUCACUGCUCAGUGCUAACCCAAACGUCAUGUCUGCUCCACCCAGACCUCCAGCAUUCCCAAACACUGGCCCUGUUGCAACUGGAUUGAGAAACUUUGUUCCAUCUCCCCAAACACCCAAUAUGGCUGGUCCCUUUCCUUCCAGGCCAGGGCAUCCUUUGCAACUUCAACAACACUACCCAGCUCUGCCAACUAGGCCAGGAAAUUUCAUGUCUCCAAACCCAGGAUUUGCUGGCGGUGUUUUUCUGCAUUCUAAUAGGCCUGCGUCUGGACAUGCUACGGGACACCAAGUUUAUGAUCCAUUUGCUCCCACAUCAGUUCCUCUCGUAUCUCAACAGCAGGGAGGUGGUAAGGCAAAAGCAAGAAAACAGGAAAGUGAUCCCGAGUACGAAGAUUUGAUGGCUUCAGUAGGAGUAAAGUAGUAAACCAUUUUGAUCAAUUUGUUAUGACAGCAACAAUCCGGAAAUGAAAUUUCAAAGGUUUCUAGAAAUUAAUUUAGCCUUUUUGUUUGGAGAUGUACAAUAUCCGGAAAAAA